CCUCGGCCUCUCUCCGCGCUCGGGAGCACCCUCUACUGCGGCCGUUCUCCAUGCGCAGCGCCCACUCGAGGAGCUAGAAGUCAGCUUGCAGCGGCGCCGGACUGUGGAUGGCCUUGACUGAAGGCAGCUGGUGCCUGUCGAAGCGCUACGGGGCGGCGGGUGCGGACGCGAGCGACUCCGGAACCUUUCCAGCGCGGGAGCCCUCCACGCCUCCUUCCCCCCGAUCCUCCUCUUCCUCCUCCUGCUGCUCCCGGGGUGCGGAGCGCGGCCCCGGCGGCGCCAGCAACUGCAGGACGCCGCAGCUCGACACGGAGGCGGCGGCGGGACCCCCGGCCCGCUCGCUGCUGCUCAGCCCCUACGCCUCGCAUCCUUUCGGGGCUCCCCACGGACCUUCGGCGCCCGGGGUCGCUGGCCCCGGGAGCGCCCUGUCGAGCUGGGAGGAUCUACUGCUCUUCACUGACCUUGAUCAGGCCGCGACUGCCAGCAAACUGCUCUGGUCCAGCCGCGGCGCCAAGCUGAGUCCCUUCGCACCGGAGCAGCCUGAGGAGAUGUACCAGACCCUCGCCGCCCUCUCCAGCCAGGGGCCGGCCGCUUACGACGGCGCGCCCGGCGGCUUCGUGCACUCGGCGGCCGCUGCGGCGGCGGCGGCGGCGGCGGCUAGCUCCCCAGUCUACGUGCCCACCACCCGCGUGGGCUCCAUGCUGCCCGGCCUGCCGUACCUGCAGGGGGCGGGCAGCGGGCCCGCCAACCACGCGGGAGGCGCGGGCGCACACCCGGGCUGGCCCCAGGCCUCGGCCGACAGCCCCCCGUACGGCAGCGGAGGCGGCGCGGCUGGCGGAGGGGCCGCUGGGCCCGGCAGCGCCGGCUCGGCCGCGGCGCACGUCUCGGCGCGCUUCCCCUACUCCUCCAGCCCGCCCAUGGCCAACGGCGCGGCUCGGGACCCUGGGGGCUACGCCGCCGCCGGCGGCGGGGGCGCGGGCGGUGUGAGCGGCGGCGGCGGCGGCAGCCUGGCGACCAUGGGCGGCCGAGAGCACCAGUACAGCUCGCUGUCGGCCGCGCGGCAACUUAACGGGACGUACCACCACCAUCACCACCACCACCCGAGUCCCUACUCGCCCUACGUGGGUGCGCCGCUGACGCCCGCCUGGCCCGCCGGACCCUUCGAGACCCCGGUGCUGCACAGCCUGCAGAGCCGCGCCGGAGCCCCGCUCCCAGUGCCGCGGGGCCCCAGCACGGACCUGCUGGAGGACCUGCCCGAGAGUCGCGAGUGUGUGAACUGUGGCUCCAUCCAGACGCCGCUCUGGCGGCGGGACGGCACCGGCCACUACUUGUGCAACGCCUGCGGCCUCUACAGCAAGAUGAAUGGCCUCAGCCGGCCCCUCAUCAAGCCUCAGAAGCGCGUGCCUUCCUCCCGGCGGCUUGGACUGUCCUGUGCCAACUGUCACACCACAACGACCACCUUGUGGCGCAGAAACGCCGAGGGCGAACCUGUGUGCAAUGCUUGUGGACUCUACAUGAAGCUCCAUGGGGUGCCUCGACCGCUUGCUAUGAAAAAAGAGGGAAUUCAAACCAGGAAACGAAAACCUAAGAACAUAAAUAAGUCAAAGGCUUGCUCUGGCAGUAGCAAUAAUUCCGUUCCUAUGACUCCAUCUUCCACCUCUUCUAAUUCAGAUGAUUGCAGCAAAAAUACUUCCCCUUCAACACAACCCACAGCCUCGGGGGCGGGUGCCCCAGUGAUGUCUGGCGCGGGAGAAAGCACGAACCCCGAGAACAGCGAGCUCAAGUACUCAGGUCAAGAUGGGCUGUACAUAGGUGUCAGCCUGGCCUCGCCGGCUGAAGUCACGUCCUCCUCGGUGAGACAGGAUUCAUGGUGCGCGCUCGCCCUGGCCUGAGCCCGCUGCCUGGAGCGGGAGGGCCCUCGGGACCUGCGGCCAUUAUUGCCACGCUGUGGAAACCGGGGCGAGUAUGCUGACAGAACAUUCCUCUGACGCGUGAUUUCCGUGCCUUUAUUUUGAAAGAGAUGCGUUUCCCAAGAGGCUUGCUCUGCCUUGCCAGCCAGCCCCUGACAGUGAAGAGCCAGGGAGAAGACGGAGCCUUUCCUGGGAAGGCCAGUGCAGCCCUCCGCCCGGGUCUCUUGCCUGGCCACUGCCACUUCCAGCCAGCCUACCUGUGGGUCUGCCAGGGCAUCCGCUGGGCCACUUCUAGAAACCUGGACUAGGACUGGGGCCUUGCCUGCUAAGGAAUUUUGAGAUUUUUUUAAAAAGGUUUUAUGUGUAUUGCCCCAAAUCAUGUGCUUCUUCUGAUCGGUUUUGGUUAUUCCAGAAUUUAUUAAUACCUUUCCACACCCAGAUUUCACAUGUGUUCACGAAGAAGACCAUUUGAGGCCAUUUGGUACACAUCUCUGGAGGCUGAGUCGGUUCAUGAGGUCACUUGUCAAAAAUAUUACUCAGUUUGCAAGACUGCAUUAUAACUGUAACGUACACUGUGACUGACAUUUCUCAAAGUUCAUAUUGUGUGACUGAUCUGAAGUCAGUCGGAAUUUGUAAACAGGGUAGCAAACAAGAUAUUUUUCUUCCAUGUAUACAAUAAUUUUUUUUAAAAAGUGCAAUUUGCGUUGCAGCAAUCAGUGUUAAAUCAUUUGCAUAAGAUUUAACAACAUUUUUUUAUAAUGAAUGUAAACAUUUUAACUUAAUGGUACUUAAAUAAUUUAAAAGAAAAAUGUUAACUUAGACAUUCUUAUGCUUCUUUUACAACUACAUCCCAUUUCUAUAUUUCCAAUUGUUAAAGAAAAAUAUUUCAAGAACAAAUCUUCUCUCAGGAAAAUUGCCUUUAUUCAUUUGUUAAGAAUUCUUAUACAAGAACACCAAUAUCCCCCCUUUAUUUUACUGUGGAAUACGUGCUGGAAAAUUUGCAACACUUUACUACCUAACAGACAACAUUUGUAAAUACUCUUGGCAUCUGUACACACCAAUAUGAAGUCUCUUUAGUGUGACUGACCCACAGGCAGGUUGGUUUACAUUAAUUUUUUAAAAAUGGGAUGUCAUAUGGAAACCUAUUUCACCAGAGUUUUAAAAAUAAAAAGGGUAUUGUUUUGUCUUCUGUA